AGGAACUGGAAUUUACGAGGUGCACUGGAAGGCAGCAGGGCUAUCGGUAAUGUAGCACUAUAAAGAUGACGGACCCGACCGCGUCUCCUGAAGACCACUGGAGACAGACAGACAGUGCCUUCAGCGACGGUGGCUUUGACCACAGUUUCUUCACUGAAACAGCCAGAAAGGGUACCGUGGUGUCCAGGGCCAACAGCAUUGGCUCGACAAGUGCCUCUUCAGUACCAAACACAGAUGAUGAAGAUAGUGACUACAGACACGAGCCGUCAUAUAAGGACUCGUAUAAAGAUCGACGGAGACAAGCGCACUCCCAGGCUGAGCAGAAGCGUAGGGACGCUAUCAAGAAAGGUUAUGAUGACCUCCAGGCAAUAGUUCCAACCUGUCAGCAGCAGUCUGAAUUCGCAGUGGGAGCCCAGAAAAUCAGCAAAGCAACCGUUCUGCAGAAAACAAUCGACUACAUCCAUUUUCUUCAUAAAGAAAAGAAGAAGCAAGAGGAGGAAGUUACUGUAUUAAGGAAAGAAGUGAUGGCGUUGAAGAUAAUGAAAACGAACUACGAGCACAUAGUGAAGGCCCACCAGAACAACCCACAGCAGGGAGAAGAUCAGGUGUCUGACCAGGUCAAGUUCAACAUCUUUCAGAGCAUCAUGGAUUCUCUGUUCGUGUCUUUCAACAACUGUGUGUCGGUGAACAGCUUCCAGGAGCUCUCCGCCUGUGUUUUCAGCUGGAUCGAGGAGCACUGCAAGCCACAGACGCUGAGGGAGUUUGUGGUCGGAGUGCUCCGGCAGCUCAGCGGUCAGCUGUAUUGAUCGAGUGAAACCUCUGGACUCAGCUCCCAGUUUGUGGGACUUGUUCCGGCCUCUCAGGGUGGACACUGCUAUCAGCCUCAGGCCACAGCACAGCAUUUACACUCACUUCAGCUCAUCUGUGACUGCCUGGCUGCAUUUGAAUUACCUCAACGCCCACUGUGGGCAGAGAUGGAAAAGCUGCAUUGGCUUGUUUGAGAUAACAUUCUGAAAGUGUACAUAAACAGAGAGCCUCGGCCUCAUCCGCCUCAGCUGACGAUUCAUAUUUCUUAUUGUGGUUUUGCUAAGAAACGCAUGAGGAAACAGAGCUCAGGGGUCAAAACAAAUGUUUGCAAACGAAUGUGUUGUGUUGAAUGCAUUAACCCUUUAGUUUAGUUUUUUGCAGUAGCUGCCCGAGUAAAACCUCCCUCUGUGUCCCAACGAGCACAAGUUUGUAGUUUCAUGCUGAACCAAAGGUCUCCUCUCAGCCACACCACUCCUGAACCACAGCAGACAAUGGAGAAUACUCCACCACUACUGUUCUACUGCAGGGUAACCGUCACCUCUCCUAACUGAGCUCUCAGGCCGUUUUCAGAUUUCUAGCUUUAGUGACACAGACUGUGAAGUUUUUUAUCAAAGUGGCUGUGACGAGCCGACAGAGAUGCUGAGCUGUCAUGGGUGGCCGGUGUUCCAGUUUAACUGGGGAUCGGGGCAACUGGUGAUUUGUUGUCUUAAUUGCAGAUUUUGUCAGUCGCAGACUCGUCAUUUUUUACAAAGCGCCUGUAUCCGAAGUGCGGUGAUAUAGUGAAGGUCUCGUUGAAAUAAACAUCAAACAAAAACACAUCACAAGUUAAUGGAAUGUGUCCGUGUCAACAUCACGUUUAGACAACAGUAUAAAUCAUAUGGGUAAAAAAAUAAACAAAGUGUAAAAAAAACUUGAACGGGAUUGGAAACGACAUGGCGAUCUGUUGAUUACACACAGAUAAACAACACUUGCAUUACAGAAAGUACGAACGUUUAUUCUGUGUUCGGACUAAUCACCAGAUAACAUGGGCGUUUCCGUAAACAACAUCUGGUGUUAUACAGCUGACAGAGUAAAAACGCGCACCGAACGUCUCAGCGGCUCGGUGGCGUAAUGAGAUCGACAUCAGUCCAGAAGCUAAUACUGCUUCAUCAUGUCGUUUUGUGAAAAUGACGGAUCUGCAACCAACCAGCAACAUCUGGAACAUAGACAACAAAUCACCAGUUGCCAUGAUCCCCAGUUAAACUGGUUUGUAAUGAGGCAGCAUACAGGUCUGAACUGUAUAUCAGUUUAUAUUCAGUCUAUGGACUUUGACGAUAAUUGUGUUACACCGCAUAUUGUGAACAGAUUCUGUUUAUUUACACGCAGUUAUCCAGUUGCAGUUAUACAUUAUUUUUUUUUCUGAAGAGGAUUUUUAAAUACAAAGUGUUGAUUUUGCAGUUUUCUCCUGAAUCAAAAGAAAGUUGUUGUUUUCAUACAAACAUUUUAAAUGCUGUUUAUUUUGGGUGACAGUGGCUUUUGUGCUGAGUAUCAGUAGAAAUUAUGUGAUAGCAUUUGUCUGUGAUUAGAAAAGCUUUUUUUUGAAUAUCCAGGACUGUUCACACCAGUCACAGGUUCCAGGAGAGAUUGUGAACAGACCAAAGCAGAGAUCUACAGACAAUCUGCACUGAAUGAAAACUGUGGAUUUCUAAGAUGACAAAUCAAAUUUGUACACAGUUUUGUUUCUAUAGGUACUUUUCUGUUGUUGCUUUAUUCACAGGGAAACAGAUUUCUGGUGGGGUUUUUUUCAGUAGUUGUACAAAAGCCAUUUACACUCUCAGGUGACUUCAUGAGGUUUGCCUUUGGAAUCAAUCAUGAUUCAAUACACCAGCUCUGCCUUUACUUAAAAUAAUUAUGUCAAGUAAUUGUGAUGAUACUAUCAAGAGGUAAUGAUUUAAAUAAAUGAUUAUUAUUGAGGUUGUAGUUGGAAGUGGUGUUAAACUGAGUUUGAGGUGUUUGUACUUUACAGGUUUAAACAGAACACAGUCCAGUGAAACACCAUAACCACUAUGAGUUAAAAUUAUAUCUCUCUGAAAGGCCCGACAGUCGCCUGAAAUUCAAUUAAGCUGCACCCAAUUUCACACUCAGAUUUCAGUCCAUCUAAAUAUGAUUUUUAUUCCAGCAAAAUCCAUGAAUUGUUCCCUGGGAAAUCGGCAAAAAUCUCAGAAUAAUUUAAAGAAAAGGGGGAAAGAAAACUCCUGGAUCUGCCCCUUUGUCUGGAUCGAAGUUCUGUGGAAUAUUUUCUGUAGUUUUAAGCGUAAUCCUGCUGAUAAACAAACAGACUGGGGUGAAAAUAGAACCUCCUUGGCGAAAAAGAUGUUUGUUUAGACUGUUGGAUGGCAUUAGAUUUUACAAGUGCACCCAAUAGAGUGGCCACUCCGUUUAUAUGACAAUUCAAAGAGUGUUUUUAACCUGUAAAUAAAAACAAGUGUUUGUGCAAAAUACAUUUUGAAAAUAAAGUGAGCAGGAAAACAGUG